CCAAAACCCAUCCAUUCAUCUCCUUUCCCUCCAUGAUCCACCAACCAGGAUACCUACCUCUCAUCCUUGCCUUUUCACUGAUUGUCUUGUUUCAAAGCUCUUUCCGGUGGUGUAGGGCUGUCACAUAUUUCUCGUGCUACGUAAUAAGAGCAGGAAGAGCUCCCCCUUCCCGAAGCUUUGUUGUCGUCUGAAACUCUCGUACUCGCCUGAGAAACUUGAACUGGUGUGGCCGGGAGGGGGAGCUGCCUAUGAUAUAAUAGUCCCUCUCUCUCUCUCUCGUUGAGGCUGAACGCCCAUAUACAUUACAUAGCAAUUUAAUACCUACCUACCUACCUGUCCUCCUUACCUACCUUUCCACUUCCCCUCCCACCCACCCUUCAACGUUUCAUGCAGUAGGUUACUCCCACCUACAGCUACUGCCGUUGCCUUUUUCCAAGGGUACAACCUGCACCCUCUCUAGGAUCACUAGUCGUCGUCAAGUUUAAUGAUAGACGAUUCAUUCAUGAAUAACCAGCAACAAUGAGCAACUACCAAGCCCACCAAUACCCGGUAACGGGCCAGCACUACUCCGGCACCAACCGCAUCCCAAACAUCAAGCAGUUCGCCGAAAGCCUCGACCGAGACAAGAAGAACCGAGACAAAAAGGUCGAAGAGCGCGAGCACCGCCUUCGCCAUGGACCUGUUCAGCCCCAAGCCAACGGCGGCGACGUUCAAGAUCACGUACCCACCCACAGCGCCGGCAAAAACAGGCGUACCGUGACCGACCCCGUAACGGGAAACGAAGUCGAAGUAGUAGACAUCACCUCCGACCAUGUCAAGAACGCUGCCGAGCCCAAGUUAACCGUCCCCAACGCGAAUCUGAACAAACCCACAACCUUGGCCACAUCACCGGACCAGUCCGGCGAGGAAUACCGAAAAGCCCAAGAUGAAACCGCCCCCCCGGACCCCGUCCACAAGGGCGCCACCUCGGACGUGCCCAUCCACGGCGAGGCGACCAACGUGCUCUUCCACCCGACCCCGAGCAUCAGCUUCGAGGGCAUGUUUGAGAGCAUCGAAGCCCGCGCCAAUGUCCUCUGCGCCGCCGUCUUCUUCGGCAUCGUGCUCAUUGGCAAAAUGUUUGGUGGCUCGCUUUGGGGUCUGAUCCCGUUGGCGGCCGUCAUCAGCUCGGGUAUUUUCCUUUGGGCCAAGGACCUCAUCAAGCAAGGGCGUGCCAACGAGUGGGCGGCGGAGAAGAAGAGGGGAGAGACCGCCGUUGUGAACCUCAUUCCGGAGAGUGUUGAGUGGUUGAAUACCGCCAUGGGGCUGAUCUGGGGCCUAGUGAAUCCCGAGAUGUUCGCCGCGGUGGCUGAUACUCUGGAAGAUGUCAUGCAGGCCUCCGUUCCCGGUGUUAUUGAAAACGUCAAGGUCAACGACAUCUCCCAGGGCAGCAACCCGUUACGCAUCCUUAGUCUGCGAGCACUUCCCGACUCGCACGUAGAGGACCUCAAGGAGGAUAUCCGGAAGCAAGAUGAAAAGACCAAGGAUCCUCAAGAGAUGGCGGCCGAUGAGCAAGGAGGUGACUUUUACAACCUCGAAGCGACUGUUGCAUACCACUCUUUGCCAUCUAGCGGUGAUGUGUCGAGCAAAGCGGCCAAGAACAUGGGUAUGCAGCUGAUCUUUUACCUCGGUAUCAAGGGUCUCUUUGGUGUUCCCUUCCCCAUCUGGGUCGAACUGAACAGACUGGUCGCCACCGUUCGUUUGAGAAUCGCGCUGGCUCCUAACCCGCCCUUCAUCAAGACCCUAAGCUUUACUUUGAUGGGCUUGCCCAAGGUCGAGGCGAGCUGUGUUCCCCUGAUCGAAAAGGGGGCCAACAUCCUCAACCUGCCCCUCAUCUCCAACUUUGUCAACUGGGCCAUCGCCACUGCGGCCAAUAUGUACGUCGCUCCCAAGUCAAUGACACUGGACAUUGGCAAGAUGCUUCAGGGUGAUGCCAUCAAAAAGGAGACAAAUGCCCUGGGAGUCUUGUACAUCAAGAUCCACAAGGCCAUCGGAUUGUCAAAGCAGGACAGGCGGGGCUCCGAGGGUGGGGGGUCGGAUCCGUACAUCUGUGUUUCCUUCUCCAAGUUUGGGAAGCCCCAGUAUUGCACCAGGGUCAUCCAGGAUGAUCUGAACCCCAUCUUCAACGAGUCCUGCGCUCUCCUGGUCACCCCCGACAUCAUCAAGGCGGACGAGCAGCUUAGUUUGGAGCUCUGGGAUUCAGACAGGGGUUCGGCUGAUGAUGUCGUCGGCAAGGUGGAACUCUCGAUCCAGGAGCUCAUUCAACACCCGGGCAGGAUGUUCUCGCAAGUCUCCAAGCUUAGGGGUGUCAAGGCGGAGAGCAGCAUGCCUGGUGAGCUGUACUGGGAAGUCGGUUACUUUGACAAGACCAAGUUCAGGUCUGCGCUCCGAACGGACGGCAAGGACCCCAGAUUGCCCAAGGCUCUGCAGGACCACAAGGAUCUGCAGGACGACAAGGGCACUCUGGAGACUGCGGAGGAAGAUGCGGUUGUCCACACCCCUCCUGACCCGCUCUGGCCUUCUGGUAUCUUGUCUAUCGUUGUUCACCAAAUUGUGAGUCUGGAGCUCGAAGAUGUCAAGGGCUCGAACGGCAAGAGAAAGGGCAGGGAGUAUGAACCCGCCCGGGAUGCCGGAGAGAUCAAGGAAGAGGAAGGAAAGAAGCUGCCGAGCUCAUACUGCACCAUCUUGCUCAACGACGAGCUGGUGUACAAGACCCGCACCAAGGUGGUGUCAUCCAAGCCUAUCUUCGAAGCUGGUACCGAGCGCUUUGUGAGAGAUUGGAGGUCUGCCAUCGUCACUGUCACUGUCCGCGACUCCAGAAACCGGCAACACGACCCAAUCAUCGGUGUCGUUCCUCUCAAGCUUUCAGAUGUGCUGCAGACCAGCAGCCAGAGCACACGGUGGUACCCUCUCGAUGGUGGCAUUGGGUUCGGCAGAAUCAGAAUCAGCCUGCUGUUCAGGAGUGUUGAGCUCAGACUUCCACGCAACGAGCUUAGUUUCGGGGAGGUAGGCACCUUUGAGUUCUUGUCUGACAGGGUCUCCACUGUGAACUACAACCCUGGAGAGAACACCAAGCUGAAGCUGAGAACUGGCGGCAGUUCUGCUUCCAUCAAGGGCUCGUUCUGCCAUGGCACCCAGGAAGGAAACGGCAUCGAAUGGGAUAUUUCCGGUGAAGGCAAAGCCCAGAAGGUUAGAUUGCCGGUUCGGUUCAGAUACCGCAGCCCGGUGUUUUUUGAAUUUCACCCAAGCGGCAAGCGGAGAAAGACGGAUACGUUUGCUGCCUUUUGGCUUUGUGACGUGCCAGACUCGGAGGAGAAGGACUUCAACAUCCCCAUCUGGAGGUGCAACAACGGCCUGAGGCUCUCGCAAAACUACAUUACCGAGGAGAACUGCUCCUCUCUACCGUGCCUCAAAGUGGAGGAGAUUGGCAGACUGAGAUUCAGGGGCCGGUUCAAGCCGGGGACGGACCAGGACCACCUUCGCUUCGUGAGCGAUAACAACUCUCGGGAAACUAUUGAAACCUGGGAGGCUUGCUACGCCGAGGGAGUGAGGGGCGAGCAUGUCGCUGCCGAGGUGCCUCCGCUGGUGCAGAGGCUCCACGACGAAAGCUUGUUACGAGAACGAGAUGUCUUGCGCAAUGCAUCUCAGGAAGAGAAGAGGAAGUGGUUGGCCAAGGACGGGACUGACUGGAGCGGUGCCUUUGGGGAUGAUCCGGCGGCGCUGUUGGCUGCUCGACGGAGCAGGCAGAAAUCUGAGGACCUGAGUACAACUGACUACGAGAGCAGUCAUUCGACAGACGAUGAGGAUGUUGACUUGGGUAUCAACGAUGCCACGCACGAGGAUGGCAUUGAGCGAAGCAGCGGCGAGAGCUCGGAGAAUUACACGUUCAGGACUGAUAGCCGUGAGACGGGUGACAGUCGAGCGUCGAUGGACAGCAAGAAUACGGCCAGAUCCUCGAGCAGCAAGAAUCCCAUUAAGCAGUACAAGGACUACAAGGAGCGCAAGCGGGAUCUGCACCGUCAGCAUCGGGGUCUGAUGCAAUGGAAGCCCAUGCGUAACGUCCAGUUUGCCAAGAACGAGGCACUUUUUGCUGCCAGGAGGGUGACAAAGAUGGGAAGCUUGAGUGGAAGGAAGCCUGAUGUCGAGACUGAGGUCUAG